CAUGCCUGUAAAGGCAAUUGUAGAGGAGGUGAAGGGUAGGUGGGGUGUGGAUGUCAAAGAGCACAGGCUGUACAGGGCUAGAAAACUUGCAAAAGACAAGAUCCGUGGAAAAUUGGAUGAACAGUACAACAAGUUGUGGGAUUAUUUAGAGAUGAUAAGAGUAACAAAUGCUAGCAGUUGCGUAAUGAUGAAGAUAGAGAGGCCGUUACCUGAUAUUCCAGGAAAAUUUCAGAGGUUGUACUUCUCUUUAGCGGCCAUGAAAAGAGGUUUUCUUGCUGGUUGUAGACCAAUCAUUGGCCUGGAUGGAUGCUUCUUAAAAGGCCCGCAUAAGGGCCAACUAUUGGCCGCGAUUUCGAGGGAUGCAAACAACCAGAUGUAUCCAGUUGCAUUUGCAGUUGUGGAAGCCGAAACUAAAAAUAGUUGGACCUGGUUCUUAGAAGCUUUGCUAUCGGACCUCGGCACUCCUCCCGCAGAAGGAUGGACAUUUAUUUCGGAUCGCCAGAAGGGUUUGGUACCGAGUUUAGAUUCGGUUGCUUCCAAUGCUGAGCACCGAAUUUGUUGUAGACAUUUAUACGCAAACUACAGAGAUGCAGGUCAUAAAGGUUUGGCGUUGAAGGAUAAGCUGUGGGGCGCGGCUGCAGCAUACACAGAGGCUGAAUGGAGAAGGGAAAUUGAGGAACUAAAUGAGAUAAGCCCCGAUGCGUACGAUUACUUGUCCAAGAUUGACCCAAGCACGUGGGCGAGGUCUUGGUUCAGUACCUUCCCUAAGUGUGACUUAAUUGUGAACAACCUGUCAGAAUGUUUCAAUGCUUGGAUUUUGAAACAAUGUGACUUGCCAAUUAUAUCGCUGCUUGAAAUGUUGAGAACGAAAUUGAUGAAGAGAUACCAAAAGAAGUGGGAAGGCAUCAGUAACAUGGAAGGAAGGAUUUGUCCCAAAAUUAUGGUGCUGUUAGAUGAACUCUCACGUGAUGCUGGUCAUUGCUACGGCGUGUAUGCUGGGGAUGGGUUCUUUGAAAUCACAGACAAGCAGAAUCAAUAUGUAGUGAAUCUAAAAGGCAUAUGA